AUGUCACAAUCUAUACCAACUACUACGUCUUACUCCGAUCUCCUCAACAUCAUUCACUUUAUUCAAACUAUCUUAGACGAUCAAGCCUCAUCUUCCAACAUUCCUCACGAACGACUUUUACCUUCUUCUAUUCUUCAUAUUCUAGAUGCAGAAUCUUCAAUCCUAGACGUCGAGGUCCGCGAUACCUGGGUUAAUGGCGAGUUGGACGUUUGGGUUAAAGCAACUGAAACCAGGAGUCGUAUUAUCAAUGAUCUUGAACCAAUCCUCAAAGAAUAUGGUGUAGGCCUUCCCUUAGUCAAUUAUCUUCCUCAGCGUGGUUCUCCAGAAUGGUUUUCUCUCUAUGUUUUUGUUCGUCAUACUGCCGACCUCUCUCAUGUUGUUCAUCAAAACUCUGACUUACCCGAAGAAGAUCAAGACAAGUGUCCUAUCUGUGCUGGUAUUUUUCAAGCUGGUGAUCGUUAUAUUCCUCUCUCUUGUCAUGCUUCUCAUUGGCUUCACGAGGCUUGCUUGACUGAAUUAGCGGUAUACUCUCGUGACUUCUUAUGUCCACUCUGUCGUGAACGUCCUUACCCAGGAUAA